CAGCACGGUGCUAAUACAUUCACGACAGUCGUGCGCCCUGUGGCUCAGACGUUUUCUAAAUCAAACGGUUUGCUGAAAAACACCAGCUUCUCGGGAAAAAAGUUCAUCGAAAAUAACUAUUUCUCAUGUGAUGUCUCUAGCUCUUCACUAAUACUUUUUGAAAGUGCAGUUCGAACAUUAAACUCAUGCGAAGAAGCUCAGCGAAAUCAUCUGAACUCGUCAUUCUGUUUCUGCAGAGAUGAAGCAAGUACAGCAAAUGGAGCAGUCACAGCUUCACCAUUCUUCGGUGGUGCAGAUAUGUACCAAGGCUAGCAAAUUAAAAACCUUUCGCAUCCAGACGGCUCUCGAAGGUGCGCUCUCUCUGCAACCAAAACAAGAACAACAGAAACAAUAUUUACAAGAAUCAGCGGAGCGAUCACAACUCGACAUUUGGCUCCAGGAUCAUUAGUGGCUUCCCAACUACGCAUAAUUCCAUAAGUUUUUUACGGUUGUGGGCUUUCAUCUACAUUACGCAGCGAGAGACAACCAAACAUGUCUGAUGAUUGUGCUAAUUCUGGCUCGUAUAAUGUGGUGGGCAACAUUUCUGAUUCAAUUUAUUAUUACAUGCUCAUGAUGCUCAGUUUUACAAAACAUCGUACCAUAAACAUCAUGAGCAGGACCUAAUGCAAGCUCAUGAUACUACAGCUAAAAUUAUGGGGAGUGCUGGUUACCUAGCAGAGCCUUUCAAUUUCAUAAGUGUCAUAUAUUUAUGGUUAUGUGUACUCAAAUAUACAUUUCUACUUUGAUUGAUAACAAAACAAUGUGUAGUCUCGGUUGUAAGCGGAAGUCCCACGUCUACGGGCUACUUCACGACGUGGCGUGCAACAUUAAGGGAUUAAGUAUAUAAUCACGACUUGAUCGAGUAUAUAUAAGUUGUUGCGACUCCCAUGCUUAGGAAGGAGGCUACAUAAGGUCUGAGGCAAGCCUAGUGCAUUGGUAACAAUCACUUCACCGUGGCUUGAUUCGAUGCUUACAGCAUAG